UGGUUUGAAAUCUUUUAUGACCACGUCUACAUGCUUUUAAUCUGCAGUCGCGUUCAGAUGCGCUUGAAAAUAUUCUUUAGUUGCGUAUGGACGCGAUUCUAAAUGAAAACGCGUUUGUACGCGGUGAAAAUCGAUUUUCACCGCGUCUGAACGCGGUUUACAGCAAAACCACGGUUGCGCGCGUAUAUUCUGCGUCUGGUGUUUACAUGGGACUCGCUUGUGCUUAAUUGUGAAUCAGAUGGUGUACAUUCUUUUUUUUUCUUUAAAAUAGAUAGAUGAAACAUUAAUAUCUGCACCAGCAAUGGCGAUAGUUUCAUUGUUUGCUGUUGAAGAAGGUAUUACAAUUUGGGUAGUUGUUCUAGGUGGUAUUCAUAGUCAAAAACAAUCAUAA